AUGGAACUCUCCGAUUGCCUAUCAGUUCAACCUCCAGUCGAAAAACUGAAUGGACACUGGAAACAAAUCAAGGAAGCUAUGCGAAUAUCGAUGAAAACAACGGUGGACACUGGUGCAAGCUCGUCAACCUCGGCUGCCAUGCUGGACGCCCGCAGAACCCAAGAUCAAGGGCAUGCCGCGGUAUUUCGGCUAGUCCUGCUAUACGACGCAGAAAUUUGA